AUGGCGUCGCUUACGCAGCAAGAUCGCGAUGCCCAGCGCAGGUCGCCCUACGAGAACUUGCAGUCUCCCGUGGAGUCUGUCAACAGUCUUGCCUUCGAGAAAGCAAACAGCGACCCAUCGGUCGUCGAUUGGGAAGGCCCAAAAGAUGUUUUGAAUCCCCAAAACUGGGGACCACGAACGAAGCUCGCCCACGUCCUCCUCGUCAGCUCGUUUACGCUUUACUCAAACUUAGCAGCUGUCAUGUUCGCGCCUGGAGCUCAGUAUCUUGUCAAAGAGUUCGAAAUCACCAGCUCUAUGGUUGCAUCAUUGACUGUCUCCAUCUACGUCUUGGGGUACUGCGUAGGCCCGUUUCUUAUUGCCCCUUUAUCAGAGAUCUAUGGAAGACUUGCCGUCUACCACAUCUGCAACAUAACAUAUGAAGCCUUCACAAUUGGAUGCGCCCUUAGCACAAACGCUUCCAUGUUCCUUGCCUUCAGGUUUCUGGCUGGCUGUGCCGGUGCAGCGCCGAUGGCUGUUGGAGGAGGCACCAUUGCCGACAUGUACAAGGCAGAUGAGCGCGGCAAGGCAAUGGCGCUAUUCAGUCUUGGCCCUUUACUUGGUCCAGUUGUUGGCCCUGUCGUGGGAGGCGCACUCACCCAGUACAGCGGAUGGCGAUGGACAUUUUGGGUGAUCUUCAUCUUAGCUGGCGUCGUAUCUCUGAUAGGUGUCGUCAUUAUGCGCGAAACCUUCGAACCCAUCUUACUCGAACGAAAGGCCGCAUACCUACGCAAGGCCACCGGCAACGAUCGCCUACGAGCCCGAACUGCGAAGAACAUCACACAAGGACAGUUGCUGUGGAGAGCUAUCGCGCGCCCGACCAAGAUGCUUAUGUUUUCGCCCAUCAUUUCUCUCAUUUCUCUUUACUGCGCCUUUAUGUUCGGCCUCACGUACCUUCUCUAUACAACCUUCCCCGCUGUGUUCCAGGUGAAGUACGGCUGGGGCCCUUCUCAGGCUGGACUAGCAUACCUGGGCCUGGCGAUUGGGAUGAUAUUUGGAGUCGGGCUGGUUGGCGCAGUGAGCGACAAGCAAGUCAAGGCGGCCAAAGCUACCGGAGUGCCAGCGCGGCCCGAAAUUCGCCUCCUGCUGUCGGUCUGGAUGGCUCCUGUCGUUUCAAUCGGGUUCUUCUGGUACGGUUGGAGUGCUGCAGGUGAUACUCACUGGAUUGUCCCAGUUCUCGGCACAUUUGUCAUCGGCUUUGGAUCCUUCAUCAUUCUUAUGCCGUCUCAGAUUUAUCUCGUGGAUGCAUUUGGUGCCGAGGCGUCUGCAUCGGCCUUGGCCGCGAAUACGUUCAUGAGAAGUCUGUUCGGAGCAUUUCUCCCUCUUGCUGGGCCGCCUCUGUACAAAGGGUUGGAACUCGGAUGGGGAAACAGUCUGCUUGCUUUCAUCGGGAUUGCGUUUGUUCCUGUGCCAUUCCUGUUUUACAAGUAUGGCGAACGUCUCAGAGCUCGGUUCCCGGUGGACUAUUAG